UUCUCAAUCAAAUCUCUGAGCUUUCAGAUAUACUCUGAUAGAGAAGAAGAAGAAGAAGAAGAGAUCAGCUGAGCAACAAUGGCCACCGCGAUACCUCUCUUCGCCUCUUUCAAGUAUGCCGAUAGUCUCACCGUCGUUGGAAUCUCUUUCUGCACGGCGUUGGUCUGCGAAGCAAUCUCAUGGAUCCUAAUCUAUCGCACAAGCUCUUACAAAUCGUUGAAAUCUUCCAUUGACAAAGCCUCUAAGAAGCUUGAGACGAUGAAGACAGAUAAUCCUUCCUCGAAGCUAACAAACAAGAAAUCGAAGACGAAGAAGAUAGAUCGCGUUGAAUCCAGCUUAAAGGAAUCGAGCAGAGAUCUAUCACUCUUCAAGUUUAAAUCUGGUGCCGUUGUGGCUUUGGUUCUCUUUGUCGUGUUUGGAUUGUUGAAUUCGCUUUUCGAAGGGAAAGUGGUAGCGAAGCUUCCGUUUCAUCCGAUUACGAUUGUGAGGAAGAUGAGUCAUAGAGGAUUGAAAGGCGAUGAUUCCACUGAUUGUUCCAUGGCUUUUCUUUAUCUGCUUUGUUCUAUUAGUAUAAGGACUAAUCUGCAGAAGUUCUUGGGUUUCUCUCCACCUAGAGGAGCUGCUGGUGCUGGUGGUUUGUUCCCAAUGCCUGAUCCAAAGACCAAUUGAUCAGGUUUGAUCUGAUGAUGAAUUGGAUUCUGGAUUCUUAGCUCGUUGUUACUCUGAAAUUUUCAUAGAUAACUUCAAUGCUCUGAUGUAGUGGUGUUGUUUUCAGUUCGUUUGAUGAGAAACACUUUCAAAGUUUCGAGUUUUGAGUUUUCUUCUAGUAUGAGGUUUGGAUUUGGAUCCCUUAACAUGAUCUACUCCUUUUCAAAUUCAGUCUUGAUUAUUGUGUGUUCAAGUCCUUUUCAUAUGCUUUGACAUCUUUCUAAUCAUUUGUACACCAAAAGGCUUGAGUUUUCAUGCGUAUGGAUUGUUUGGAGACUGAAAUGAGAGGUUAGUGAAAGAUGUAGGUAAUAAGAGUACACAUGGAUAGGGUUUUGUCAAGUGUAAUGGGUAAGUUACAGAGAGGCUCAGGUCAUAUCCUCAGCAAUGUAAGACUUGUUAGUUAUUGAAUAUUUGCAUCGUAGUACUUGUCUAUGCUUAUAACUAGUGAUUGGCAAUGGUAAUCUGAUCA